AUGGGAUAUUAUCAUAGACCUCCCGUAUUCAAACGUUUAUUAUUAUUAACAUCAAAUUUAAACGAAUUAUCGGUAGGCUAUGAUACAUUAUCUAGUGAAACAAAUGAUUUUGAAGAUGCAGAAUUACGUUCAAUAUGUCAACGUAUUAACAGAUUAAUAUUAACGGACAAUCAGCGUCGAUGGGCGCUUCAAGCUCAUCACAAAGUAUAUCUGAAGUAUUUUACCAAAUAUGCAUGA